UUUCCAAAAGGUCUAACAGCUGUGAUACAAACACAGCAGACUGUGAUGGCAGCAGUAGGAGAAGAUGUCCAUCUCAGCUGUCAGCUCAUGCAGUCUAAAGAUGUUCUUCAGGUCACAUGGCAGAAACUUUCACCUGAUGGGAAGAACAAGAAUUUUGCCACCUACAACAAACAGUUUGGACAAACAGUGAAUCCUGGUUUUCAGGGGAAAGUGGAGUUUAAAGAUGCUGGACUGCAGAACUGCUCCAUAGUUAUCAGGAAGGUGAUGGAGCAGGAUGAAGGCUGCUAUCUCUGUUUGUUUAACACGUUUCCUGAUGGUUCUCUGACAGGCAGAACCUGCCUCCAACUCUAUGGUCUAACAGCUGUGAUACAAACACAGCAGACUGUGAUGGCAGCAGUAGGAGAAGAUGUCCAUCUCAGCUGUCAGCUCAUGCAGUCUAGAGAUGUUCCUCAGGUCACAUGGCAGAAACUUUCACCUGAGGGGAAGAAGAAGAAUCUUGGCAGCUACAACAAAUACUUUGGACAAACAGUGAAUGCUGGUUUUCAGGGGAAAGUGGAGUUUAAAGAUGCUGGACUGCAGAAUUGCUCCAUAGUUAUCAGGAAGGUGAUGGAGCGUAGUUCACAUGAGAUCUAUAUGAGCUGA